AUGUUGAUACCCGGUAUCGCUUACCGCCGCCUCCCCCAGUCUGCGACGAGCCAAAAUGAAACACACUCUUCAUUUGAGGAUGUAGCCUAUGCCACCACAGCCUCGCUGGAUAUCUCGGACCUUUACAUAAAACAACUCGCGAGGCAUCACAAAGAAGAAGUCGAAACGACAAAGAAGAUCAAUGGGUAUAUCAGCCAGCUUGCUGAUCUCAGGCACCUUGUCCAGCAGAUCAGGUACCAGAACGAUCUGCAAACACCCACCGUCGGGACUGCCCUGCGCAAAGUCCAAGGCGCCACGAAGCAGACCGAACGGGGUUUGAAAGCCGAUGAAUGCACGCCUGCCUCUCUCGUUAAUCCUAUGGACGAGCUUACCCAAGCCACAGCCAAUCUGAUAAGCCAGCUCCCCGGCGACAUCUCGGUAGCAAAUGAAAAUAAGGCAACGGAAAAGUUUCAAAACAAUGCUCCUAUAGGAGGCAACGCUCCCACAUGGAGGGUAAAUACCACGGCUUCGAGGAAUGAGGCCGUGGGUGCUUUUCAAAACAACGCUCCGAUAUAUGGAGAUUCGGCAUGGCUUGCUUCAUAUUUCAAGGAUAGUUGA